GUGUCCCGGUAUCCGUAACCGGGUGCCGCGGCUUCAGGCCGGAGCCCCCCAGAAUGUGUGUACUUUCAGCCUGGUUCCCAGCAAAGGCAGCCCCGGCGCCUCCGCGUUCAGCUCCAUCGCUGCUCCCCGAGGGAGCCCGCAGCCCGUUCAGCCAUAGUUAAAAGAGAACCGGGAGGCUCAAAGGUAUCGGUGCAGAAAAGAUCAUCCCAAGCGGGAAGGCAGUACGAAAAGAGCAGGUGGAUUCUGAUUUAGAAGCCAAGAUGCAGAUGUUAAUGCCCAAACCUCAGAUUUUUGUGGAGAGAACUCUGGCCCUCAUCAAACCGGAUAUCGUGGAUAAGGAAGAAGAAAUAGAAGACUACAUUCUCCGAUCAGGAUUCCUGAUCCUUCAGAAACGGAAGCUCCAGUUAAGCCCAGAGCAAUGUAGCAACUUUUAUGCAGACCAGUAUGGAAAAGUGUUUUUUCCCAAUUUAACAGCCUAUAUGAGUUCUGGACCUCUAGUUGCUAUGGUUCUUGCCAGACGUUGUGCAGUCUCAUACUGGAAGGAACUGCUUGGACCAUCAAACAGCAUAAGAGCUCAGAGAACUCAUCCUCACAGCUUAAGAGCAAUCUAUGGGACUGAUGAACUGAGGAACGCGCUUCACGGCAGUCUCAGCAUUUCCACAGCAGAAAGAGAAAUUCGAUUCAUGUUUCCAGAAGCGAUUUUGGAGCCGAUUCCAGCUGGACAAAGAGCCAGGGAUUACUUAAACCUUUACAUAAAGCCUACGUUGCUGGCUGGGCUCACUGCUCUCUGUAAGGAGAAGCCAGCAGACCCCAUGAUUUGGCUUGCUGACUGGUUGAUUGAACACAAUCCUAAUAAACCCAAGCUACAACAUCACAUCACUGAGGAGGAGCAUCAGGGAUGAGAGCUCGGUGGAAACCAUCUCAAGCAUUCCAAGUUACAGAUAAAUAUUAUCAUCUUCAGUGUAUCCCUUGGCUCUGUAAUCAAUAUUACCUGAAGUAAAUGUUACUGUCAUAACUACUUGUGUCUUCAUAGGACACAUAACCUUAUGCUUAACCAGGAUUUAAUAGUUCUAGCAGCUUUUCUAUUGACAUAGUGAGUGUAGAAUUACUUGAGAAAUUUAGUGUCAGGUCAUGAGAAAAAGGCAAAAUGAUCAUCAGGUGUGAUUUAACUGCUAUUUUCCCCAUUUAUCUUGGUUUGGCUGUAUGGGGAGAACAAAAUUAUUUACACCAGUGCAGAUUCCUAAAUGACAUACGUCUGAGCUGGCCUGUGUUUUGUGAGACUGAGUUGUAUCUCAGCAGUUUUUUAGCAAACACAAAUUCUAUUAUGAUGGGAACUAUUUGGAUAAAGCUUAGAAAACAGUUACUGAAGGCAUAUUAACAAUUUUAGAAUUUUAAUUGCUGAUUACAUUACCCAGCUAAGGUCACUCUUGAAGAUGAUUGACUUGAGCCUGAUGUAUUUUGUCAGAAUGUAAUUUGAAGGAUUUUUUUGAAGGUACAUUGAAUGUAUCGGUCCCAUCUCAGUGGUGAAAGGCACAGUGAUUAUAAAUAAAUCUUUGAUUUCCAUUACAAGUCACAAGAAAGUGUAUUUUAGUCAAGGACUACUGCUGUGUUCCAACAUUUGUUUGAAAGAAAGGUGCUUAAUCGGAACAGCUCACCUUAAGGGUGUUUUCUGUGUUUUCCUGCUCUUAAAAGGUAUGCUGAUGUCUGUUGUUUGCUCCUGUUGUUGUUUACCCUCCAACUUUAAUGGGUUGUAUUUGAAAAUUUCAAAGGAAUGGGUUAGGGGCCAUGCUAUUCAACAGGCAAUGGGUUAAUUCUGCACUAUUACCUUUUCUGAGCUAAAGCACUGCGUUUUUUUGGGAGGGCUUUUAAUAUUUUUAAGAGCUGUACUUGCACUGGUAAUUUCAAUCUUUGCCUCUUGUGGUUUGACUGGGGAGGAUGGAGACAACAAUAUGGCAUUUACACAACUCUGAAAUAUUAGUAUGCUUGACUAAUACUAAACAAACAAGCAAUUUCUUAAUUUGUUUCAUGAGAAAACUUGCUUCCCCAACUUGAGUAAUUACCAGAAUCAUAAGUCAUUUGUCUGUAACAUUAAACUUUGUUUAAGCUAAUUGUUUAUCUUCUCAGUGGAAUAAACCACUAUUGGCAGCUCAGAGAAUAAACAUUUAGAAAACUGGUCCUUACAGUACCAAGACCUAAAAAUCUUGGGACUUUUAGGAGAAGAAGAAAAAAAAAAAGCAAGCCCAAACCCUCAAAUAUGAAGAAUAAAAUAUCAGGUGGUUGGAAAUACAGUAAACAGAUGUGUUUACAACUAAUUUAUUUUGCUGUAAUUAUUGUCCCCAUAUGUGUCUGAUUGCUCCAAUUACAGGACAGUUGUGCUCGGUGGUUUCCUGUCAGCCAAACCAGAAAUUUAUGUUCUGAAGAUGCCAGAAACUAAAAUCCGGUGAACUCACAGGAUAUUAUUCUGUAUUUUGUUAGUUACUAUGGUAUUUGCUUACUUAUCUUGAUAUGAUACUGCUUGACAAUAAAUAUCUCCUUUAUAUU